GAACAGAUCUAAUCUUUACUAUAUAGUAUUCCUUUGAUAUUUGAAGCAACAACUACAUCUCAAAAAAUUCUUAGAUCAUUCUGUACUUUGAAUCUUAAACUCUAAAACUAUGUCGGAUGUCAAAAACUUUCAUUUUUUCAUGUUUCCUUGGUUAGCUUUUGGUCACAUGAUACCAUACCUAGAAUUAGCCAAACUCUUAGCUAAAAAAGGUCACAAAAUUUCUUUCUUUUCCACUCCAAAAAAUAUCCAAAGACUCCCUAAAUUACCUCCAAAUUUAAAACCCAAAAUAGAAUUUAUUACUCUUCAAUUACCCCAUGUUGAAAAUCUUCCUGAAAAUGCAGAAGCUACCAUUGAUUUACCUUAUAAUAAAGUUAGGUACCUCAAAAUUGCCUUUGACAAGCUCCAAGAAUCCAUGCCUAAAUUAAUAGAAACUCUUUCCCCUGAUUUUGUAAUUCAAGAUUUUGCUUCUUAUUGGUUAGUUCCAAUUACUAAAAAAUCACAAACUCCCACUAUUUAUUUCAGCAUUUUCCCUGCAACUGGUUUAAGUAUGGGAGGAGAUCCUUCUAGUAUUAUAAUUGGAGAUGAUGAUCGUGUUAAGCCUGAAGAUUUUACAGUGAAACCUAAAUGGGUACCUUUUGAAACCAAUGUAAGGCCAAGUUUUUAUCAGAUUCAACGUAUGUUCAAUGACUUGGUCAUAGAUGGAGGAAAUGUUUCCGAUAUUUAUCGCCUCGCAGUAACCGUGAAAGGCGUUGAUGUAGUGGCAAUAAGGAGUUGUUACGAGUUCGAAGGCGAGUGGUUACAAGUCAUAGAAAACCUUUACGAGAAAGAAAUUAUUCCAAUUGGUUUGCUUCCGACAACUAGCUAUGAUGAUGGAGAAGAUGAUAACAAUGAAACAUGGCUAGAGAUGAAAGCAUGGCUAGAUAUGCAACAAAAAGGUUCAGUAGUUUAUAUUGCAUUCGGGAGCGAGACAAAGCCAAGCCAAGAUGAACUAACAAUCAUAGCAUUAGGGUUAGAACUUUCAAACUUGCCUUUCUUUUGGGUGUUUAGACAACAACGCGGAUGUGCAGAUUCAGAAGUGAUCGAGUUACCUGAACAAUUCGAAGAAAGAACAAAUGGACGUGGAUUUAUAUGUACGAGUUGGGCACCUCAAUUAAAAAUACUGAAUCACGAAUCAAUAGGUGGAUUCUUGACGCAUUCUGGAUGGAGUUCAGUAAUAGAGGCAGUACAAUUUGAGAAACCGUUGAUAUUAUUGCCUUUUUUAGCCGAUCAAGGGAUGAUUUGUAGCCACUUGACUGAGAAGAAAUUGGGAUAUCCAAUUUUUAGAAAUGAAUUGGAUGGAUCAUUUACUAAAGAAUGUGUGGCUGAAUCACUGAGGUUGGUAAUUGUUGAGGAAAAGGGAAAAAUUUAUAGGCAAAAUGUUAAAGAAAUGAAAGAGUCUUGUAGCAAGGAUGUUCAACAACGUUUUGUGGAUAAUUUGUUGGAUUAUCUACAGAGUCACAAAAGGUUUCAAAGAAGAGAAAGUAAUUAGGUGUGAUUGGUUCAUGUUCGAGUCUGAGAAGGAAAACUUCUUGAUAGAGAACACUUUACUCUUCGAUGUGUUUGGAUUAGUCGGACCAGUAGAUCCAGAUGUUUAUUAUGUCUUGGUUAAUUUGUUGGAUUAUGAUUUGGCUUA